CGUAUGUUCACCUGUAAAUUUGUUGGAUGCGGCAAGGUGUUUAAGAGAUCAGAGCAUCUUAAGCGCCACAUCAGAUCAAUCCACACACUUGAGAAACCUUUCGAAUGUCCUUAUCAAAACUGCAACAAGCGAUUCUCUCGGUCAGACAAUCUGAAUCAGCACAUUCGUAUCCAU